ACUUUUUUGUGAAAUUAAAGAAUCAUCAAUUCAUCAUAUCAGUUAUCAGAGAGAAGAAAGAAAAAAAUGGGGGCUUGUUUUUCUUGUGGAGCAAGAUCAUCCUCAAAUUUCAAGAGCAUCCGUGUGGUUCAUCUGAAUGGACAUGUUGAAGAAUUUGAUGAACCAAUCUCAGCAGGACAAGUUAUUUUUGGUGUAGGCAGCAGCACAAAGCAGUACUUUGUUUGCACAGCAAUUCAGCUUCUAUCAUCUUGUUCAUCUUCAAUGUCAUUGAAGGAAGAUGCACAACUUCAACCUGGUCAAAUUUAUUUCAUGCUUCCAUAUUCAAUUCUUCAUGCUGAUGUUUCCCCUGUUGACUUGGCUUCACUUGCUAAGAGGCUCAAUGCAAUUGCCAGAACAAGGCCAUGUUUGGAUUAUAGUAGUAAUAAUACUAAUAAAAAUAAGUCCAUGAAAGAAGGUUUUUUGUCUUGCCAAACACAGGUUUGGAAUCCUAUUAUUACUUCUUCUCCUUCAAAUAGUGUUGUUGGGGUGAUGGGUGAAGAAAAAGGGAGUGUUUAUAGGGUGAUGCAGCAGCCAUGGAAGCCUAUCUUGGACACUAUAAAGGAGAAAUCAUUUACAAAGAGAAGUGAAUCGGAUUUGCAGGAGAAUGGUUCUCUGAUAUCAUCUUUUACAUGGAGAAGUGAAUCUGACUUGCAAGAGAAUGAUUUGUUUUUGCAAGAGAUUAAUGGAUCAAGACAACCAGAUAGGAAGAGGUGCAUAAAGUACAUGUCAUGAUAUAUAAUACUAUAAAUUUCCUUGUUUACUCUUUCUAUAUAUUCCUUGUAAUCAUUUUGACAUUUUUUAAUACAUCCAUAAAUCAAUGUAUUUGCUACCAAUAUAUUGGUUAAUGUCUUAGUGUCUUACAACUGUAUUGAUUUAUGAAUGUAAUAAAACAUUUCAAAACUACUAUUAAUAUGGAAUUGAAGGAGUAGUAUGAUGCUGCUGCUGUUAUUGUUUA